CUUCAUCGCACACAGAGCACAGCCAGGACACUGCAGGUAGGUGCCCCCCUUCAUCGCACACAGAGCACAGCCAGGACACUGCAGGUAGGUGCCCCCCUUCAUCGCACACAGAGCACAGGCACGGCCAGGAAACUGCAGGUAGGUGCCCCCCUUCAUCGCACACAGAACACAGGCACGGCCAGGACACUGCAGGUAGGUGCCCCCCUUCAUCGCACACAGAGCACAGCCAGGACACUGCAGGUAGGUGCCCCCCUUCAUCGCACACAGAGCACAGCCAGGACACUGCAGGUAGGUGCCCCCCUUCAUCGCACACAG